AAUAGAGACGGGGGGGGGGGGGAGUGUAGGUUGUACCAUUGUGGAUGUUUUCGAGGCGUGUGUGUGUGAGAGAGUGUGCCAUUGCCUGGAUUGGCAUGGUGCCGUCCUAGGCACAAGGAAGGGCUGAAUAGGACUGUUUGGGCGGGGGGGGGGGGAGGUACCGGCAGAGUUGAACAUUGCGGGCCGUCACAGGAUCCACCGCGAGGGGGAGGGAAGCCCUGUGGUAUUCCUGGGGGUUUCGCUAAGGGUGAUACCACUGCCUUCCGCACGGAAGGGGGUACCAUUUUGGAGGCUUGGGCGGGAUAAACCUUAGGUGACACCGCUGAGCCAGAGUGAGGCCAUGUAAGAAGGGGCCGGGCAAUACCAGCGCAUGAGCUGGGGGCGGGGGGCCUGUCAUCUUGAGUAAGAGUAUUAAUAAGUGGGUUGAGGGGGUGGGUGGAUAUUGAAGGAACGUUGACAUGAGCUCUUGAGGAGAAAGAGUUCCACAGGUUGAAGGGGCCCAGGUGACACCAUGCGGAGACAUUGCUGUUAGAGGCAGAGGUGUUUCUCUAAAGCGGGGAGCCCAGAGGACCCUCUCAUUGCCAUGGCCUCAAAUUGUACUGGGGGUACAGCAGCUGCGAGUGCCGGUGCAGCUCUAGGCGCUGCGCUCAGCGCUUCCAAGACAAAGACAAAGAAGAAGCAUUUCGUCUGCCAGAAAGUGAAGCUCUUCCGCGCCUCAGAGCCACUUCUGAGCGUCCUUAUGUGGGGAGUCAACCACACGAUUAACGAGUUGAGUAAUGUCCCUGUCCCAGUUAUGUUAAUGCCAGAUGACUUUAAGGCCUACAGCAAGAUUAAGGUGGACAAUCAUCUUUUCAACAAAGAGAACCUGCCAAGUCGCUUCAAAUUCAAGGAGUACUGUCCACUGGUCUUCCGAAAUCUCCGGGAAAGGUUUGGGAUUGACGAUCAAGAUUAUCAGAAUUCUGUGACACGGAGUGCUCCAGUGUACAGCGAUAGCCACGGCCGGUGCGGGGUUCGUUUCCUCACCACCUAUGACCGGCGGUUUGUCAUCAAGGCGGUGUCAAGUGAAGACGUUGCAGAGAUGCACAACAUACUAAAGAAGUACCAUCAAUUCACUGUGGAAUGUCAUGGAAAUACACUUCUCCCACAGUUCCUUGGCAUAUACAGGCUUACUGUAGAUGGUAUGGAAACCUACAUGGUGGUCACCAGGAAUGUAUUUAGUCACCGGUUAACCGUGCAUCGGAAAUAUGAUCUCAAGGGUUCAACGGUAGCAAGAGAAGCCAGUGACAAGGAAAAGGCCAAGGAUCUACCGACAUUUAAAGACAAUGACUUUCUGAAUGAAGGCCAAAAACUCCAUGUCGGAGAGGAAUGCAAAAAGAACUUUUUGGAGAAGUUGAAACGAGACGUUGAGUUUCUCGCUCAGCUGAAGAUCAUGGAUUACAGUUUGCUGGUAGGGAUUCACGAUGUAGACCGUGCGGAGCAGGAGGAGAUGGAAGUUGAGGACCGGGCAGAAGAUGAAGAAUGUGAGAAUGACGGCAUUGGUGGGAACCCCACUGGUUCUUACGGAACUCCACCUGAUAGUCCUGGUAAUCUUCUCAACUUCCCACGGUUUUUUGGGCCUGGGGAGUUUGAUCCAUCAGUGGACGUCUACGCUAUGAAAAGCCAUGAAAAUGCCCCUAAGAAGGAGGUGUAUUUCAUGGCCAUUAUAGAUAUCCUCACGCCAUACGACACAAAGAAAAAAGCAGCACAUGCUGCUAAAACUGUGAAACAUGGGGCUGGAGCAGAGAUUUCCACUGUCAAUCCAGAGCAGUAUUCCAAACGCUUCAAUGAAUUUAUGUCUAAUAUCCUGACAUAGUUGUCUUCCCAUCCUUGGCAAAAACUUGGAGGGAGAAGAGGAGUGGGAAGGAGGGGCACUACUUCUAAAGCAGCAGGACUGUCGUCCACUCUGCUGGAGUGUGAUGAUCUGUGAGUGUUUGAGAACCAUGUGACCUAGCAGAAAAACUAACUUCUGGCUGUAGAUCUCCAAGUAUUCCACUUGACCUAAUGGAAAAGUAGGUUCUCGUUCUCUCUCUCUCUCUCUCUCUCUCUCUCUCCCUCUCCCUCUCUCUCCCUUUCCCUUUCCCUUUCCCUUUCCCUCUCUUAUUUUGGUUGCUAUAAUAUCCAAACAUAAAUGUGAGGAAUUAAGUACUAUUCAGAUCGAUACUUCUUUAUCUUUGAAGAGUAUCACAGUCUCCAGAUGGUCAGAUGCUAAUGAAAAUAAAUGACAGAGGUUAACUCUACAAACAGAUAGUUCCUUUGAUUGGACUACUGUUCUUCACUCAAAGCAACCCGCUUUGUUGCUUCUUUCUCUAUGAAAUGGACAGGAAAUAGCAGGGCCAUUUCAAGAGCAAACUCUUAUAAUGAUGUGGAAAAGCCAUUUUAAGUAAAUUGAAGCAAGGAAUUUUUCCUUCCCUUAUUUUGGUAUUGCUUAUUAUUAUUAUUUGCACCAAUUGUCAUUUCAAAGCAAUUGGGGUAGGGACUAGAAUGACAAAUUGGCUGCUUAAAAUUUGAUACAAAUCAAGAAAGAAAGCAGUUAUAGAAGAAUUUGUACACCUAUCAAGAUAUGGUAUAGAAGAGGAUGUAGCCAUAUGAAAUCCAUCUCUGAUGAGCCGCAAAUACAUUUGUCUUGGAACAACUGGCCUAAAUUGCCUCUGCAACAUAACUCUUACCAGUGUUAAUUUAAUCAAGAUUCAGUCAGGCUUUUAAACUUUGAGCUGGCUGCAUUCCCACAAGAUGAUGUUGCCAUAAAAAAGCUUCCACUUUUUAAAACCACGUAUUGUGUUGUGAAUCCUUGGAGUUCUUGGUGAUUCCACACUGGAAGGAGUCCAGUCCCAGAGCCUUGGAAAUAUGAAUAAAUUGAUGCAAAAGACUGCUCUGUAACCACUCGUACAGACUGGCCUGUUUGGACAGACUGCUGGAAUAACUUGUGUUAGAUCACUUUUCUUAGAAUUCAAACUCUCUUCUCCCAUUUGAAUUUCAACUUUUUUCUUACGUCUGCAGACUGUAACCUUGGAUUUCAUAACCUCACUUGUCGAAACUGCUGAAGAUUUUGAAUGCUAUGCAUUAAUUCUGUUUAAAAUAUUAUUGGGGUUUUUUUUUAAAAAAAAAGUUACGGAUUUUGCCGUUUUGAACCAUUACCUUGUAAUCAAGACACUUUGCUUACUCUGCAUUGAAAGUUUCUCACUCAUGCCUUUCUUCUUCUGACUGUGGCUGUUCGGAUGUUUGUGUCCUGUAUUGUAGUACAUUUUUUGCUUUGUGGAUUUUGUUUUGUUGGUGAAUUUCCCCCCUCUUCCUUCCUUCCUUCCUUCCCCUGUAGUUUUUGCUCCUAUUCCUCAGAUGGGCUCUCUCCACCCUCAUUUAAAAACAUUUCUCCACAACUUCAAAGGCACAGAAAGGUUUUCAAAGUUUGAAGAUCAUAAGAGUAUGCUGUAAAUAGUGUAAGAUUUCUUAAAUACCUAAAUUAACCCAUUUGUUAGGAAUGAGGUAUGAAAGUCCUUCUCCUGCUUACCUGUGAUUUCAAGGAAAUUAUUAUUAUUAUUAUUAUUAUUAUUAUUAUUAUUAUUAUUAUUAUUAUAAUGUCAGAAGCCACUGUUUGCAAUGUUUAGGUGUUCAGCUUAUAACAUAAAUUGUGAAUAUGUGAACAUAUUUUAAAAGUGGGAAUGGAUAUGUUGACAGGCCGUAAAUGUUUUUAUACCAGAGGGUUCCCUUUUUCCUCUAAAAGUGUGCACUUGAAGUCCAUUGUGAAACAGAAGAUAUAGCCUGUCUUUCGCCUGAUAAGGUUUUCCACUCUUGGCUGCAUUAGUUUUGCCUUUUUUAACUUUUAAAAAUAAUUUUACCACACUUUCUGUAACUUAUAACUAGAAAUAGGCAAGAAUUCGCAUCAGAGCUUUCUUUUUUUCACACCAAUGACAAAAUACCUGCAAGCAUUCGUCGGUUUAGAAGUUUGCUACCACACAGUUUGAAAAGAUCAUGAAAAAACGCAUUUCCCACUCGAGCAAGCUCAACCCAGGAACUCAGCCACAAACCUCAAGCUCUUACCUUUAAAACUCUCUGUGUCGACCAGUAAGCCCAUAAGCAUAUCUAACCACACGAUCUGCCCCAUUGGAAUCCGUACUGUGCAGUCUGUAUGCAGCUAGACACGGUCAUCCACAGGUGAAACAGUGUAAACUGCUUUUUGAAUUUGGGCCCACAAGUGUAUCGAGUAAUGCAUCUCUGCUUCCCACUGAAACACAAGAAGUGCUAAGCCAUGUGCAGCUUUCCAUGUGAAGGUAUGAGUAGGUGCUAGAUGGAUUUUCACUCUGUACCUGUCGCUAAUGCCCAUGCUCUGCACACCUCUGGUUCAGGCCAUUAACCUGCCUCUUGCUGCAUCAUAUCUCAAGUCGAUCCAGAACACUUUCCUUAGAGUCAUCUUCUGCUCCCAUUGUUAAUAGCGCCAUUCUGGGUUUUUGGCUUUUAUAUACCCUGCUUUCUUUAUUGUUAAAACUUGCCCUUGCCUAUACACCUUCUCUCCCCUUGCUCCACUCCUCAUGCUCCAUCAGUAUACCCUCCUCCUCCCAUGUCUAUGCCUUUUUGCUAUGCGGCCGUCUGGAUCUGAAGCUACUGUCCUUGAGUCCCUCUCAAAGCCCAAGUUAAAUAAAGCUUGUCCUGAUUCACCCUUGCCUGAUCUUACCUACUUUCCCCGCUUAACCUACCCCAAUUAUUCAGGCUCUGAGUUCUGCUUCAACUAUUGAAUGUCAAUAACAAUCUGGUCAGGGCCUGCAGCACUUCAAUACAGCCCCCAGAAUGCAACAGGGUUAAUGCAGAGCCUUUCUGAGUGACCUGCUUUUUUUUUGGCCCAACAGGGCAGUGGUUGUUGUUUUUUUGUUUUUUUAAUAAUUUUUAUUAAUAAUUUCACAUCUUAAAAUACAACCACAUAAUACAAUUAACACAUAAAAAAAACAUAAAUUGCUUAUAAUUCCAGAUUAUACUUAACUAAUUUUACAUAAUCACAUAACAUAUCAUAAAUGCACCCCACCACCCUUCGGGAUCUAUUCCUGCUUCCAAAAUCUCAUUGUUUCUUCUGGUGGUGGUUUUCCACCCCCCUUAGAGAAUACAUAUUCUAGGAACUGUUUCCAAAUUCACAGGGCAGUGGUUGUGGCUGAUCUAUCUUCUGUCCCCUCUGUCCAUCUAAUAUUGGUUUUGACUGACAGGUCAAUGGCAUUCAGGUACCUUUCCAUGCUGAAGGUUCACAUAGAUUACUGCUCCCUUUUCCUUUAGAUCUACUCCCCAACCCCCUGGAUUGGGGUUUCACCCCCCGCCCCCAACAUUUUACUUACAGAGGUAGUAUGGCACUUGUUUGUGUGAAGCUAGGGCAGGGAGGCUUUAGCACCCCGUACUGUUAUCAUCCCCUUGCCCAAGCCUAGAAGUCUACCUACUGUUUUCAUCCCUGUCUCAUCUUCCCUGCCUCUGAUUCUUAUCACACACUUGCAAUUUUUUUAAGCUGCAUUUUAGAAGUAUAAUAAAUUAUGUGGAAUAAAUAGAAGUGUGCAGAGUAGCUUCUAGAAUUGCUGGAUAUUUAUUGUUAAUGUUAGAAUUUGUCUAGGUCCAGAUGAUACACUGUGGUUAUUUAAAACCAUGACAACAUGCAGCACCAUUCAGGGGUUGUCAUGCCAAGUGAACCCAGUGAGUGUGGGUCACAUAAGUCUAAAACAGACCAGUCUGGUUCGCACAAUUAAAUCACCCCAUGGUGGCUUAAAUAAAUCACCCCAAAGUGGUUUAAAUUUAAAUAAGCCACCAUGGUUCGCAGGUGCCCAUUCUGGAAACUAACCCUUGCCUUGCAGCUUGUCAUGUCAUGUGAACCCAGUGAGAGUGGGUUGUUUAUGUGGUUAAAAAACCACCUACAAACCUAAAACAGCCCUUAGGUUCUUUGUUAAUCAUAUCAACAGCUCAUCCUCACCGGCUUCACACAACACAAGCUACAAGAAGGGAUUGGUUUCCAGAAUGGGCACCCACAAACUACAUUGCCUUAAGACACAGUGGGACAAUAUGAUCAUGCAAACUGCCACCACAGGUUAUGUGAGGAUCUUUUAACCCUUGCAUAAUCCAUAUUCACCAGGUUUGCAUGACACAAGAACCCCUGAAUUUAUAUACUCAAAAAGGUGGCCGCAGGUUCUCCAAAGUCAUGUUGUGCAAACAGCCCCUAUGUGUUUCCAUGGUACAUCAUUAAGAAGUUUGUCUGCUGUGAAAAGUUAGAUGAACUUGACAAUUCAGUAAAUUAAAAAAAAAAUCAGUUUAAAGGACAUUCAAAACUCAAGGGGGUUGCUUAGCUGUGGUGCUGUAGAAGGGAGGCGUGUCCAGAGUAGUUGACAGUGCUGACAGCUGUAGCUGGAAUUGCAGCUGCUGAUCAGUCCUUGCUUUUCCCUUGAGUUCAUCCCCACCCCCAAAACCUUUCUGCCCUUCUCCUGAUAACUCCAAAUUGUCAUUUUCCUAGUGUCACUGUAACAUUAAAUGCAACCCUAUAACUGUAAGGAAGCUGCUGUGGUUGUACAUUCUAGAGGUUUUGCUGCAUAACUUAAGGUGAUCGCAUUGGCAAUGCCAUUUUGCUUCCUUUUCAGGUGUCCGGUGGCUAGACAUAUUCUCAGCUGGAUCAUAUCCAGCUGAAGAGUACAUGGCACUUCUUUACAGUGGGGUCAGCUGUCUUGACAGCUCCCCCACCCCUGGCUUUCUGAGAGGUGCUCUACAGUGAAGAUUCAGUCCUAAAGGAUUAGACUAAAUUUGUGAAAAAAUCUAUUAGUCAACUAUAUUGCCAUGUUCAGAGGCAAUAUAUGUCCUUAUGAGUUAAACCUUCCUGCUUGGGGGAGAAAAUCUUGAUGAGAAAAUUUGAUUCUGUUUGGCUGCCUUCAUCCCAACACCCUGUAUUGCUAACUUACUGUUGUUUCAUAUAGGUAAUCAUAGCAAGGCACUUUGCCUAGAACCCUAUACAUUAGAAAUACACAGAUGCUAAAUUUCUAAGAGUCAAACUUAGCAUGAUGCUGACAAACAUGUUUAAUCAGAUCUGCCUUGUUCACAUGCAAAGUAGGAAUUGGUGGUGGAAUCUAAUAUCAUUGAGAAGCACAGUGGGGUAGAGAGGUGAAUCCUCUUUCCAUCCUGUGCUCAAUUGCUUUUGGCACUUUUCUCCCAUCCCAUCUGACUGCUGGUCAGCCUGGGAAAAAUUCAGAUGGGGGAAAGGGUUCAACUCCCCCAAUUCACCUACUCCUGUUGAUGUUAAACACCUACACACACACAUCUUUUGUAAGUGAAUGGGCCAGACACAUGGGCUGCUACUGUGCUAUCUCAUUCAACCUGAAGUAUGAGAAUCUUAGUGCACGUCUGUGCAAUACCACUGCAGGUUUUUUAAAAAAUUGUAUGAAUGUGAAAGCAGCCCCUGUUACUAGCUAGAGUGGAGGAAUAUGAGCCAGUUCUGUUCAAGCUACAUUUUAAAUUUAGUAGCUUCUUUUUUUCACCAGUCACCUCCUAACCUUAUGCUUGCAUAGCAUAUGCAAUGGAUUCAAAGGUGUUUAAACAUAUUAUAAAGGUUCAAGUAGGGAUGUAACUGAUAACAAAAAACUGAAUCUUAAACUAAGAGAAAUGGACCUGUUUAGAUUUUCAGAAGUACUUAAAAAAGGGAAUUAAAAGUCCAAUGUGCUUCUCUGUUUGCUAAAAGUAGUAUGAGACACUUAAGUGUUUUGAAAUGCAUGCAUGUUAACAAGAUGAAGUCUCCCAGCUGGAGUGAACAAAAUAAAAUUAAAACGUGUACAA